AUGCCUUACAAAUCCCGCUGGGAGAUCGAUAUCCCCGACACCCAUCUCGCUUCUCUCCUCCUUCAAUCCCCCACAGCACCCCUCUCCAAAACACACAAAUGCUACCUCGAAGCCGCCCGCCCAGACACCCACUACUUCACCACCCAUGAUUACCGCCUCUGGAGCCAGCGGUUCGCCGCCGGCCUACGCAAAUCCGGCCUCAAAACCGGCGACCGGGUCCUCCUCUUCUCCGGCAACGACCUCUUCUUCCCCGUAAUCUUCAUGGGCGUGAUAAUGGCCGGCGGCAUCUUCACAGGCGCAAACCCAACCUUCGUCGCCCGCGAACUCGCCUACCAACUCGAAGACAGCGGCGCCACACACCUAAUCUGCGCCAGCGGCAGUCUAGCCACGGGCCUGGAAGCCGCCAAGCAAGUCAACUUCCCCAAGAACCGCAUCUACGCCUUCGACAGCGCCAUCUACGACGGCGCCACAAACCCGCAAAGCGGCUGCCCGUACUGGGGUGAUCUUAUCGCCUCGGAGGAAGAAGGUCGCGCGUUCGUCUGGGACGAGCUCAAUACACCGGCUUUGUCGAACCGCACCCUCGCGCUCAAUUACUCCAGCGGCACGACGGGCCGCCCAAAGGGUGUGGAGAUCACGCACAAGAAUUACGUGGCGAAUAUGCUGCAGUAUUGCUUUAUGCCGACGCUGAGCCCGGAUUACGAGGCGCGCAAGGAGCGGUCGAGGUGGCUGUGCUUCUUGCCUAUGUACCAUGCUAUGGCGCAGAAUAUCUUCAUUGCGGCGGCAUUGCAUCGCAAGACGCCGGUUUAUAUCAUGCCCAAGUUUGACUUCAUGAAGAUGUUGGAGUAUACGCAGACUUUCCGGAUUACCGAUUAUAUCCUUGUGCCGCCUGUUGUGGUUGCUUUGGCUAAGCAUCCUGCUGUCAAGCAGUUUGAUUUGAGUAGUGUCGAGGCGGUGGGGAGUGGUGCUGCUCCGUUGGGCAGGGAGGUUUGCGAAGAGGUUGAGAAGUUGUGGCCAGAAGGAAAGAUCAACAUCAAGCAGGGUUGGGGCAUGACAGAGGCGACUUGCUCAGUGACUGGAUGGAAACCCGACGAGACGAGUACAUCCGCAUCUGUCGGCGAGCUCAACCCCAACUGUGAGGCACAAAUUGUUGCGCCAGAUGGAACAGAAAUUACGGAGCGAAAUGCCCGCGGCGAGCUGUGGGUUCGCGCGCCGAACGUCAUGAAGGGUUACUGGCGCAACGAGAAGGCCACCAAGGAGACCUUGACCGCGGAUGGCUGGCUCCGUACGGGCGAUGUUGCCUUUGUGGACGACGAUGGUAAAAUCCACGUUGUCGACCGAAUGAAGGAAUUGAUCAAGGUCAAGGGCAACCAGGUCGCCCCCGCCGAACUGGAGGCUCUUCUCCUCGAGCACCCCGCCGUCUCCGACGUGGCUGUGAUUGGAAUCACUGUUAACAAUGAUGAGCGCCCUCGUGCUUACGUGGUGCUCAAGCCUGGCCAAUCGGCCACCGCAGAGGAUAUUACAAAGUUCAUGGAGAACAAGGUCUCCGUGUUCAAGCGGAUUACCGGAGGCGUGGUAUUCCUCGAUGCGAUCCCGAAGAAUCCUUCUGGCAAGAUUCUGCGUGUAAAACUGCGUGAGCAGGCUAAGGAAGAGCUGAAGGGUGCCACAGCUAAACUCUAG